AAACCAGUGACGCUCUCUGUUCUGUGCACCCGUGACGCCACAACGGCCUGCACGGGAUCUGAGAGGAAAAAGUGGCAGAGGCGGGUGUUGCGAGGGCCUCACGUCCCGAAGUCCCUUCUGGACGGCAAAUUGUCCCGCCCUCACCUUGCCCGUGGUGUGGAAGACCGCGACGAAACACGAGGAGGACUGCUACGCCGUCGCCAUGAAGUUCUUAUUUAGAAAGAAAUGGAAGCAGAGCAAGACGCUGGCUGAGAUGCUGCCUUGGGUGGGCAUACAGAGCGACCUCCUGGAGGCGACGCGCGGGGAGCAGCCGCAGCACCAGCCCGGUCCCCGAGGAGGGCGGAGCGGGCGAGGGCCGGUGCCCACGGGCGUGCCUGCUGAGGCUGGUGCAGCUUGCUCUCCUGUUGGCGCUGCUGGCUGCGGUGGCAAACUUCCUCGCCGCCUGUCUCGCCUCCAUGCUGGCGGCCACGCCCGUGCCUCGCCGACGCCCGCUGCUGUCGCCAUUACCUGAGGACAGCCUCCCGCGCGCCGCCCCAGCUGCCCUCAUCGACCUGCACGACUUCCACCUGGUACACGAGGCGGAGGGCGUGGUGUGCUUCCGAGCGUCUGUUUUUUGUAUUCUUGGUGCACUCAAAGCCCAACCACUUCCGGCAGCGGCAGGCCAUCCGCGCCACAUGGGGCGGCGUGCGGGACCUGGGCGACGGCUGGGGCGCCCGCACCGUGUUCCUGCUGGGGCGAGGCAGCGGUGGCGGAGGAAGCGAAGGAGAGAGCGCUGCACCUGACAGUGCCAAGUUAGAUAUAGAGGGCGUGGUGGCACGGGAGGCGACACGCCACGGGGACCUGGUGGUGGGGUCUUUCCUGGACCAUUACCACAACCUGACCUAUAAGCACGUAAUGGCGCUGCGCUGGGCUGCGGCGCGCUGUCCACAAGCCAUCUUCCUCGUCAAGGCGGACGACGACGCCUUUGUUGACGUCCCGGCGCUGCGAGGGCUGCUCGGCCGCACCUUCAGCGUGCCGCCGCCGCGCCGCACGCUAGCGUGCAACGUGUUGCCGGCGGGCAUGCAGCCUCAGCGGGCGGGCAAGUGGGCGGUGAGCCACGAAGACUACCCAUGGCCAGAAUAUCCUACCUACUGCGCUGGCCUCGCUUACGUAAUCACGCCAGCGCUGGCUGAUCUGCUGGCGCGCGUGGCGCAGGCAGGCGUGGCGCCGCGACUGUGGGUGGACGACGUGUGGGUGACGGGACUCCUGGCUGAAGUGUUGCGCCUCAGGCCGCACUACCUCAAUCUGCGCUACUCUUACGAGCACGACGAGCUAGUGGCGUGGGCUUGCCCGUGCCCGGCCUGCGGCCCCGCCCCCCUACACCUUCGUGCAUCUGGACCCCACCCGCCCCGACUGGCGCUUCACCCUCGACACACUGUGGACACACGCCCUCGCAGCUCACCACGCCGCCCAGGCAGCCCAGCCAGGAUACACGUAGCCCCUGCAGGGGCUGGCGGCGAUCACUGAGGAGCGGGCACGUGACGCCCGGGGAUGCUGCAGCGCCGCCACACGCACGUGACGAGACUUUAGUCAUAAGACAUCAGAGGAGACCCGCGUCCCCUGCGGCAAGUAAGGCCUCUUUCUACACAGGUGAGGCGGGGGAAUGAAGACUGGAAGUUACAUUACACGAAGCGUUGCUCGGUACCAGAGUAAUCUGAGGUCUCACCGAAAUUCUGCUGGUCUGAGGCGAUGAUCCAAGCGGAAGCCUUUUACCGCGGUUCUCAGCACUACAGCAUCGGCUCUGCACGACACGACGCGAAGAGCAACAUUCCAUCUGUCGCCGCCGCUGACGGGAAACAUUCAUGAGAACCCGACUGAUCAUGUGUGGCCCUUGAAAAUAACUCUAAAGAGACAAUAAAGCGACACAGAAUAUGAGGUUAAAUCCUAUCUGUGCUGCCAAGCCCUUGCUAGAGCGCGUGUGGUGAAGGCUACCUCAGCACUGCCAGGCGAGGCCAACACCACUGCCAGCUUUACAAUGCAGCACUGACCAAGACAGAGAGAGAGAACACGACACUGACAGUCUUGAUGGGGUGCGGGCGGCCAGUGGUAACACGUGGGAGGGGUUAGUCACGUGACUGCACCACACCAGAAUCUGUCAUUUGUGAGUCGCCGUUUCACGAGCUGCCGUGCAACACGGACACGCACGCCCCCCUCCCACCACCCCCACAACUAACUCAUCUGUGAUACGUACUAACUUCCUGCAAUAAAUUUUAGUAU